CCUUGACUUCAUACUUGAUCUCCUCAGCCAUCAUCCAUCAUCCAUCUUUUUCUUCGUAUACACACUCAUCUAAUUAUUCAUCAGAAACCCUACUAGUAUUCAGAGAGAGAGAUAGAGAGAGAGAGAGAGAGGUGCUACAUUUGUAUGGAGAUUGCUUCUGUUUUAAUAUGCAUAUUCCUCUUCCUCUCAACUCUUUUCUCAUACCACUUGAUAAAGAAACAAAAGAGAAAUUGUAUGCACAAAGCUAAACUCCCCCCAGGCUCAAUGGGGUGGCCUUACAUAGGAGAGACUCUCCAAAUGUACUCUAUGGACCCAAACGUAUUCUUUGCUACAAAGCAGAAAAGGUAUGGAGAUGUAUUCAAAACCCACAUACUCGGAUGCCCUUGUGUCAUGCUGGCAAGCCCUGAGGCCACAAAGUUUGUGCUGGUGACUCAUGCCCACUUGUUCAAACCCACAUACCCGAAGAGCAAGGAGAAGUUGAUUGGUCCUUCUGCUCUCUUCUUUCACCAAGGAGAUUACCAUAGUAGCCUUAGGAAACUCAUUCAGAACUCUCUGUCCCCCAAUCCCAACACUAUUCAGAAACUAGUUCCUGACAUUGAAGCAUUGGUCAUUUCUGCCUUGGACUCAUGGGCUGAAGGACGCAAAGUCAUCAACACGUAUCAUGAGAUGAAAAAGUUCUCCUUUGAUGUUGGCUUUCUGGCUAUCUUUGGUCAGUUGGAUGAGACUUACAGAGAUAAGCUCAAGGAGAAUUACUGCAUAGUUGAUAAGGGUUACAAUUCCUUCCCAACAAAAAUACCUGGAACUGCAUAUCAGAAAGCUCUCUUGGCAAGGAAGAGGCUUGGUGAGAUUUUGAGUCAGAUAAUUUGUGAGAGGAAGGAAAAGAAAACCAUGCAGAAUGAUUUAUUGGGUCAUCUGCUGAAUUUCCAAGAUGAAAAUGGGCAAACUUUAACUGAGGAUCAAAUUUCUGAUAACAUCAUUGGAGUUCUGUUUGCAGCCCAAGACACUACAGCUAGUGCUCUAACAUGGGUUCUCAAGUACCUCCACGAUAACCCGAAAAUUCUUGAAGCUGUGGAGGCUGAGCAGAAGGCCAUAUAUGAAGCUAAUGAAUUAUCUAAGAAGACCUUGAGUUGGGCACUGAUUAAGAACAUGCCACUCACAUAUAGGGUUAUAUUGGAGAGCUUGAGGAUGGCAAGUAUAAUAUCUUUCACAUUUAGGGAAGCUGUGGUUGAUGUAGAAUUCAAAGGAUAUCUUAUACCAAAGGGCUGGAAGGUGAUGCCAUUGUUUAGGAACAUACAUCAUAGUCCAGAAUUCUUCUCAGAUCCUCAAAAUUUUGAUCCAUCUAGGUUUGAGGUUGGUCCAAGGCCUAACACUUUCAUGCCAUUUGGGAAAGGAGUGCAUGCUUGUCCAGGAAAUGAGCUUGCCAAGUUGGAGAUGCUCAGUUUGGUCCACCACCUUGUGACCAAAUUCAGGUGGGAAGUGGUGGGAUCACAAAGUGGGAUUCAGUAUGGUCCAUUUCCAAUUCCUCAGCAUGGACUGCCAGCCAGAUUUUGGAAAGAAUCCAACCAAUCUCAAACAAAACUUGGGGGGCCACUAAUUGAUCGCCUUCCCCAACCAACUUAAUUACUCAUGUUAAUAACCUUCCUAAAACCCAAUUAAUUUUCACUAGUCCUCUUGUUUUUCAGAUGGGGGUCUCUGUCUCUCUAUGUCUUUAGAAGUAGUCUAUCAUUUAUCUUCCAUGUAAUUUUUAAGGGUGAUUUUGAUCAUCUCUAUAAGAAACUUCAAUGAUUAAGGGGUAAGCCUUUUAUCUUACCCUAUGAGCCGAUUUGUUAUUGCCUAUUAUU